UAGUUUCCGUUUCCACCACCUCUUCCUCUUCCGGUCUUCGGGGACGCCCUACCGGGUGGCUCUUCACCUCCAGCUCCGGCGUGGGAGACGAUAGUCGUCAUGGCGAUGUUUGAGCAGAUGAGAGCGAACGUGGGCAAGUUGCUCAAGGGUAUCGACAGGUACAAUCCUGAGAAUCUGGCCACCCUGGAGCGGUAUGUGGAGACGCAGGCCAAGGAGAAUGCCUACGACCUGGAAGCCAACCUGGCCGUCCUGAAGCUGUACCAGUUCAACCCAGCCUUCUUUCAAACCACAGUCACCGCCCAGAUCCUGCUGAAGGCCCUCACCAACCUGCCCCACACAGACUUCACACUGUGCAAGUGCAUGAUCGAUCAGGCACAUCAAGAAGAACGGCCAAUCCGACAGAUUUUGUACCUCGGAGACCUGCUGGAGACCUGCCACUUCCAGGCCUUCUGGCAAGCCCUGGAUGAAAACAUGGACCUCCUGGAAGGUAUAACCGGCUUUGAAGACUCUGUCCGAAAAUUUAUCUGCCACGUUGUGGGCAUCACCUAUCAGCACAUUGAUCGCUGGCUGCUGGCUGAGAUGCUCGGGGAUCUGACGGACAGCCAGCUAAAGGUGUGGAUGAGCAAGUACGGCUGGAGCGCUGAUGAGUCGGGCCAGAUCUUCAUCUGUAGCCAGGAGGAGAGCAUCAAGCCCAAGAACAUCGUGGAGAAGAUCGACUUCGACAGUGUGUCCAGCAUCAUGGCCUCCUCCCAGUAAUUCGGCAGGCGUUGAAUAAAGAGUUGUUGGCUUAA